GCGGAAGUGACCUACAUCAUAUGAUCGAUCAUCGGACAGCACAAUAAUCUAAAUUAUGGCAGGUGGAAUGGACAGAGCUCGGCGAGCGCCGAAAGUUCGUGAUGCAGAGAAGGAAUCUGUGUUUGGUUAUGUGUAUGCUGUGUCAGGACCCGUGGUGACUGCCCAGAACAUGUCUGGCUCAGCUAUGUACGAGCUGGUGCGCGUCGGCCACACGGAGCUGGUCGGGGAAAUUAUCCGUCUAGACGGUGAUAUGGCUACCAUCCAGGUUUACGAAGACACAUCUGGUGUAACAGUGGGAGAUCCUGUGCUGAGGACGGGCAAACCACUAUCUGUUGAACUGGGACCUGGUAUUAUGGGCAGCAUCUUUGAUGGUAUUCAGCGACCCCUAGAAGACAUCGCCAACCUUAUGCAGUCUAUCUACAUUCCCAAGGGUAUUAACACGCCCGCCCUCGACAGAUCAAAGAAAUGGGACUUUGAACCGUUUGGUAAUAUCAGGGUUGGAAGCCAUGUUACUGGGGGCGAUAUUUACGGAGUGGUAUAUGAGAAUAUCCUGGUCAAGCACAAGCUGAUGGUCCCACCCAGGGCGCGUGGUACUGUCACCCACAUAGCUGAGCCUGGCUCUUACGACAUUAAUGACAUAAUUCUGGAAACAGAGUUUGAUGGACAGAAGACAAAGUACUCCAUGUUGCAAGUUUGGCCUGUACGUCAAAUGAGGCCUGUCGCGGAGAAACUGGCAGGAAAUCACCCACUUCUCACUGGCCAGCGUGUGCUUGAUGCUCUCUUCCCGUGUGUCCAAGGCGGUACCACAGCUAUCCCAGGGGCGUUCGGUUGUGGCAAGACUGUGAUCUCCCAGUCCCUGUCCAAGUACAGUAACAGUGAUGUGAUUGUCUACGUCGGGUGUGGAGAGAGAGGAAAUGAGAUGUCAGAAGUAUUGAGAGACUUCCCAGAGUUGACCAUGGAAGUCGAAGGCAAACCAGAGAGUAUUAUGAAGAGAACAGCCCUGGUGGCUAACACUUCCAACAUGCCUGUGGCUGCCAGAGAGGCAUCCAUCUACACAGGUAUCACAUUGUCCGAGUACUUCCGUGACAUGGGUUACAACGUGUCUAUGAUGGCUGACUCCACCUCCAGAUGGGCUGAGGCUUUGCGAGAAAUCUCUGGUCGUCUCGCUGAAAUGCCGGCUGACUCCGGGUACCCCGCGUACCUUGGUGCACGAUUGGCGUCCUUCUACGAGAGAGCUGGGCGAGUCAAAUGUAUCGGUAACCCUGCCAGGGAGGGCAGUGUCAGCAUUGUGGGGGCUGUAUCACCUCCAGGCGGUGAUUUCUCUGACCCUGUCACCGCGGCAACCCUCGGUAUUGUGCAGGUGUUCUGGGGUCUUGACAAGAAACUCGCCCAGCGGAAACACUUCCCCUCCAUUAACUGGCUUAUUAGCUACAGUAACUACAUGAGGGCGCUUGAUGAAUUCUACGAUAAAAACUUCCCUGAGUUUGUGCCCCUCAGAAUAAAGACGAGGGAAAUUCUACAGGAAGAGGAGGAUCUGUCUGAAAUUGUGCAGCUUGUCGGCAAGGGAUCGUUAGCAGAGUCUGACAAAAUCAUCCUCGAGGUUGCCAAGUUGAUCAAAGAUGAUUUCUUGCAACAGAAUGGUUACACACCUUAUGACAGAUUCUGUCCAUUCUACAAGACAGUGGGUAUGUUGAAGAACAUGAUAUCAUUCUACGACAUGGCCCGUCACGCUGUGGAAACCACCGCUCAGAGUGAAAACAAGAUCACAUGGGCGAUCAUCAGAGACCAGAUGUCACAGACAUUGUAUAAGCUUAGCAGUAUGAAGUUCAAGGACCCAGUCAAAGAUGGUGAGAAAAAAAUAAAGGCCGAAUUCGAUGAUUUGUACGAGGAGAUGCAGACAGGCUUCCGAAAUCUGGAGGAUUAACGUCCCUAUAGCUGUAGUGUUCAACUUACGCAUUGGAUCAUAAAAUUGUAUGCGAACAGUAGUUGUCUGAUGAUCAUUGUCAAUUUGUCAUGCAUUGAAAAUUUGAAAUACAUCAGAUGAAUUCCAAAAGUUAUGUGAUAAUGUUUUUUGUGUAAUGUGCUGUGAAUUAAUUAUGAGAAAAGUCCCAUAAACAGUAUAAAAAUGAGUUAACUAGAAUAUGCUUUGUUUUGCUUGAAAGCUUCUUCAAAUCAUUGGCUUUUUCAAUCAUUCUAGAUCAAAAAUCUUAAAUCAGCAUCACUCGGAGAGGAUUCUAUGACUUACUAAAUUUGUGCCAUCUUGAUGUUAAUUACAUGUUUGCAAGUUUGAAACUACAAAAAUACUGAAAAUGAGGUAUUUCGUUGUUAAAAUAUCAUUUUUACAGUACAUAAUAUGGAAGAUUUGUUGACAAAAUGCUAUAAUCAGUAUUAAUACUGAAAACUUUCAUCCAUGUAAGUACUGGUAAUGUCUGUGAAUAGCUUUUGAUUGGUGCUUGUAUAGGCACUUUAUUACACAUUUGUCUCUAUGCAUUUGUUUAUUGGACCGUCUCUUAUUGUAAUGAAAGUUAAUGACUUAGCAGCGUGAAUUUUCUGCAUCCUGAUAUAGAUUGCAACAUGUAGAUUAGCACUUCAAAAGCUACAUGUACAUACAUAUAUACAUGUUCUGGUUUUCCCCAUUUCACUGAAAUAAGUAAAUUGAGAAUGUCAGUCAAACAAAAAGUUGUUGUUGAAAAAUCUAGUCUCAUCAAAUUCAUAUCGGGUACCUGUUUUUAUUACGUUUGACUAAUUUAAGGUGUCUGAUACACAAUUAUGUGAUUUUUGGAUGCCUGGUGACCGCUUAACAUAUGGGUACCAUUUGAAAGGGUUUUGUGUGCAGAAAUGAAAAAAUGUUAAGGUUUACUAGAAGUGAUAUAAGUACCUUCAAAGAUUGUAAAAAUAAGUUGUUUACGUUCAAUUUCAGUUGAAUUAAAGAGCAGAUAUACAAAAUGUUAUAACUUGAUGUAUGAUGUUCCUUUGGUCAAUUAUUUUACAUGUAAGUAAUGAGGCAGCAAGUACCCUUCAAAUGAUACCAAUAUUUUAUGGGCCACCAGGCAUCAACAUUUAACAUAAUGGUCAAAAGAGCGUUCCGAGAUCCAGCCAAGAAGUGGUUCGGAUUCCUUAUCAUAGAAUAAUUCCAGGAGACUACAUGGUUAGAUUGUGAAUUGUUUAUUUGUAUUUUAAAGAUUAUAAUUGCAGCAGUGUCAGGGUAAUGCGAACAUUUCAACGGUGGCCUACUUUGAUUGGAAUCUGUGAGGGUUAUACAUGUUAACAUCAAGUCCUAUACCUCUUGUAAAAAUGCCCCUUUUUCUUAAUCCCAAGGAAAGAUAUUAUACAAGGGAGAGAAUGCACAGGGGUAAAAUUGUGAGAACUCUGGUGAACUCUGAAUUCAUUUCAAAAAUAUGUUAUAAGUGCUCUCUGAAAUGGACAUUGAAAAGAUUGCAAUAAAUUGAAAAAUAUGAAAGCAGACAGUAAUGUUAUCAUAUUCUGUGGAGAAUAAGCGUAUACUAUGAAAAGUAAAAUUUGGUGACUUUGAAAGGCUGUUAUCUUCCAGAAAUUUUACCUAGUCAGAAUGCUGUAGAUGUUUCAACAAUGUGAAGCAAUGUAAAAAAUGUAUGCCAUGUUUGUGAAUAUGUAUUCAAGAAAGUAUUGUUAAAUUAUUAGAAGUAUUUGUAAUUAGCAACUCCCUUGGUGUGCAUGUGUUCCUCGUAUCUGUUAUAAAUCAUAGACACUGCCAUUGUCAAACUUACAAAUAUCCAUGACAGGCCAGAAAACACACAUAGAUGAAUGUCUAAAUUGAAAACAAUUGCAUGCCUUUCUAGAAAAAAAUAAUUUGAAUUAUGGCUCAAUCAAAUGCAUGGUCAUUCUCAGUUUACAAUUUGCAAUACAGAUUUUAACAUUUGUUGAGUAGGCAGUUUAAUGUUAGUUUAGUAGGGAAAUUAAUAUUUAUUUAUUAGAAAAAUAACUAUUUGUUUAGUAGCCAUACUCAUGAAGCAAGAGUAAAAUAAAUGAUUCUGUGGUAAAAUACUAGAUGUACUGAACAUAAAUCAUGUAUAAUGAGUAACAUAUGCUUGUUAAAGGAUCUGUCAAAAUCUUAAAAUUAUGAUCAUUUUAUAAACUAUGAAUCAUACAAAGUCGAUAGUGUACAUUCAAUUUACCUCAAUCAAUGCUGAACUACAUAUAAAGCUCUAAGAACAUUCAAACAAACCCGUAAAGGAAGGUUUUAUUUAUAUCAUUGCUAGUUCUAUGUAGAAAUCCAUAUGUUAAAUGUUCUCAGAAUAUGCAUGAAUUUAUUUGAUAAUAUUCUGUUGAAAGUAUAAAAUAUGAGGAUUUGAAUGUUAAAUUUGUCAAAGAAAACUUGAAGGUUAAUAUUUAGAUAACAUGUUAAUAAUCAAAUACAUUUAUAUGAGUCUUAUACUAAAGGACUGUUGAAAAGUGUGCUCACUUUAAAUAAAUGUAACAUUCCUUGUUCUCGAACAUUUUGAGCAUUCAUCAUAUGCUCAUUGUGAGUUAUUAUACAUUUAUGUACACAAACUGUUGUGCAUCCUUUGUUUUGUACAUGUAUAUAUUUAUUGUACUAUAAAUUGAGUUUGUAUUUGUAAGAAAUAUAAUAUACGAGAGAUAUAAAAAAUGCAAUAAGAUAA